CUGCCGGCGGUGCGGAGGCGAGCCGAGCUGAGCCGAGCCUUGACGGACACCCCCCCCCCCCCCCCUCCCGCCUUCCCCCCCCCCGGAUUUAUUUAUCUCUGCCCCUAUCCCGGCUAGAAGCUGCGCCGCGUCCUGUGCCCACGAUGAAGCGACCUUGCGAGGAAACUACCUCAGACAGCGACAUGGACGAGACUAUAGACGUGGGGAGUGAGAACAACUACUCGGGGCAAAGUAAUAGCUCUGUCAUUCGAUCAAAUUCCCCAACAACAACAUCUCAGAUUAUGGCCAGAAAGAAAAGAAGAGGGAUUAUAGAGAAAAGGCGCCGUGAUCGUAUAAAUAACAGCUUAUCAGAGCUGAGGCGGCUUGUGCCAACUGCUUUUGAAAAACAAGGAUCUGCCAAAUUAGAAAAAGCAGAAAUACUGCAAAUGACAGUGGAUCAUCUGAAGAUGUUACAGGCAACGGGAGGUAAAGGUUAUUUUGACGCUCAUUCCCUGGCCAUGGAUUUCAUGAGCAUUGGCUUCCGGGAGUGCUUGACAGAAGUUGCGAGGUACCUGACUUCGGUGGAAGGUCUCGACACAUCCGACCCCCUGCGCGUCAGGCUCGUGUCUCACCUGAGUACCUGUGCCUCGCAGAGGGAAGCCGCCGCCAUGACCUCCUCCAUGGCCCACCACCACCACCCCUUGCACCCUCACCACUGGGCAGCCGCCUUUCACCACCUCCCGGCCGCCUUGCUGCAGCCGAACGGACUCCACGCCUCCGACGCCGCCCCGUGCAGACUCUCCUCGGACAUGCCACCCCACGGCUCUGCCCUGCUCACCGCCACCUUCGCCCACGCCGACGCCGCCCUCAGAGUCCCCUCCGCUGGCAGCGUCGCUCCCUGCGUCCCUCCUCUCUCCACCUCCCUCUUGUCCCUCUCGGCCACCGUUCACGCCGCAGCGGCCGCGGCUACGGCCGCUGCCCAGAGCUUCCCCCUCUCCUUCACCGGCGCCUUCCCCAUGCUUCCCCCCAGCGCGGCCGCCGCCGCCGUGGCGGCAGCGACGGCCAUCACACCUCCGCUGGCCGUAACCGCCACCGCCAGCCCCCAGCAGGCUGGCAGCGGGGGCAGCACUAAACCGUACCGGCCCUGGGGGACUGAAGUUGGAGCUUUUUAAAUCCCCCCUCUCUCCCUUCUCGGUCUGGCUCCCUCCUCUCCCUCAGCUCCCACACGCGUGCACACACCCCCCCACGUGCCCCCACACACCCGCCGCCGGGACUCAGCCCGGCCGAGCGGCCGCCUUCACCCACAGGGCCCGAGAGGUGCCGGCAAGCCCGCCGGGGAAUGGCACAGCUACCCUCCUCGUUCAUGGCGUUGGAGAGGACAUGGGGUGAUUUCUUCUUCUUCUUCUUCUUCUUCUUCUUCUUCUUCUUCUUCUUCUUCUUCUUCUUCUUCUUCUUCUUCCUCUUCUUCUUCUUCUUCUUCUUCUU